AAUGCAAAUUGCACCGCUUGUGAUCUCCUCCCAUUGGCCCGUCACACCUCUGUGUGGGAGGGUCGUGGCUCCACGCUUGUCUUUAUAAGAGCAGAUUGCCUCCCAGCCUCUCAGUGACACUGCUGGUUGCACCGUGAAGCUCUUAGAAACAAUCUGAGAGAAAAAAACAAAAAACCCAACUGGAAUUUAUCACCUCUUGCAUAAUAUUACGCACAAGUCAAAGGUGCGUAAUAGGUCAACAGCGCGCCCCGUGUGAGGGGGGAAAAAAAAACACAGGACCGUGGGGACCCGAAGCUGCUAGAAUAAAAGAUCUGGAUUGACCACAACAACAACACCAUCAACAGGGGACCCUCAAAGUAGGAGCACACUAUACCUGCAACUUCUGAUUCAUGCAUAUGAACUUUGAAAGCCUAUGCUCGUGUCAUUCCAUUUUUUUUUGGAUACCUGGGACUUUUUUUGGCACACUUUUACGCACGCCUGCGCUGUCACACACACAGUCUGAUCUGAUCGUGUGAGAAACUUUCAAUUCAUGGUGCAUGCUGCAGUGACUAUUGGGACUUCAUGAUCAAGUUGUAAAGAGAAAAAGAAAAAGAAGAAGAAGAAGAAGAAGGAUGCUUGGACAUUAUUUCUAACGCACCCGAGCAAGGAGGGAGUCUUUUUCGCAAGUUACUUGAUCGAGCAGAAAGCCGAGGGCAGUUAAUCACAGGAGGAAGGCGAGUGGAGUGAAGCUGCAGCAGAGGUGAAGCGAGGACAAGACAGGUUGGUGUCUCCAAAAUUCACCCGGGCUCGAGUUUCAGCCUGCCACCACCACCACCAACCGUGGGGGCUCCUGGUAUUAAAGCGGUGCAUUUGACCUGCAGGAUAAGUUGUCAACAAGAGCAGGCAGCGAGCGGAGGCGAACUGGCAGGUGUACAAGUUCAUUUACAUGCAUACGUAUAUUCACGCCACUAUAUAUAGAAGUUGUCUUAGGGGCGAGCAGCCUUAAGAAGUUUCUCCAGUCGGCCUUGCAGCAGCAGCAGCAGCAGCAAUAGCAGCAGCAGCUCUGUGCACCGUGUCUAUAUAUAUAUAUAUAUAUAUAUAUAUAUAUAUACACACACACCGUCCAGCCUGUUAUUCCUCCUCGCAGUCUGUAUCCGAGAGAGCAGCCCGCCGCCGCCGUCGGUUUGGCCGCUGUUAAGGCAGGAGUCGUCGCAUGGACUGACAUGGCUACCGACCUCGCCAUGAGCGCGGAGCUGCCGAACAGCCCUUUGGCCAUCGAGUACGUCAACGACUUUGACCUCAUGAAGUUCGAGGUGAAGAAGGAGCCUCCGGAGGCCGACCGCUACUGCCACCGCCUCCCGUCCGGCUCCCUGUCCUCCACGCCGCUCAGCACCCCUUGCUCCUCCGUGCCUUCCUCGCCCAGCUUCUGCGCACCGAGCCCGGGCGGCGCAACCGGGCAGCCGAACCAGAGCCUCACCAGCGGGGUCAACAGCAGCGGAAGCAGCGGCAGUAGCAACAACAACAACCACCACGGAAACAACGCUGGCAACAAGCCGCAGCUGGAGGACUUGUACUGGAUCCCCAGCUACCAGCACCACAUCAACCCGGAGGCGCUCAACCUGACCCCGGAGGACGCGGUGGAGGCCCUGAUAGGCAACGCGCACCACCACCACCACCACCACCAGGCGUCCGUGUACGAGGGCUUCCGCGGGAGUAGUCAGCAGUACGUUGGCGAAGAUUUGUCCGCGGCCUCCUCGGCGCACCACCACCACCAGGGUCACCACCACCACCAUCACCACCACCACGGCGGCCACCACAACGCCCGCCUGGAGGACCGCUUCUCGGACGAGCAGCUGGUCAGCAUGACGGUGCGCGAGCUCAACCGGCAACUGCGCGGCUUCAGCAAGGAGGAGGUGAUCCGCCUGAAGCAGAAGAGGCGCACGCUGAAGAACCGGGGCUACGCGCAGUCGUGCCGCUUCAAACGGGUGCAGCAGAGGCACAUGCUGGAGACGGAGAAGUGCACGCUGCAGAGCCAGGUGGAGCAGCUGAAGCAGGACGUGGUGCGCCUCGCCAAGGAGCGGGAUCUUUACAAGGAGAAGUACGAGAAGCUGGCCAGCCGGACCUACAGCACCAAUGCGGGUGGAGGAGCCGCGAACACGAGAGAUCCGUCCGCGAAACAGGCCGACUUCUUCAUGUGAUAAACUCUGAAUUUACAAAAAAAAAAAGAACACUUCAUUGUUACAUUAUAAUUUAUAUUUUUCUGUAUUUUGUUUACAGUUUAUUCCCUCGGACUUAUAAAAACACAAGUAAACAACAUUUAGAUGCGCGUAAAAGUAAUCCUUUGCGCGCGUUUUUGAGUCUUAAAGAUGGCUAAACUUCUUGUAAGAUCACUUACAACCUGUCAGUCAGGUGGGCACAUGGGAUCACUUAUAGCCUGUAGACUUUUUCUCUCGUGGUCAGAAGUCUUAAUCUGACAUUUAACAUGACUGUCUUAAUUCAGAGAGAGAGAGAGAGAGAGAUGAUUUUGUCUUAAAAGUGGGAGGAAAAGAAUGAUUUUUUUUUUUUUUUAGAUUGGACUGAAGCAGAAAAAGCAAUACACCGCCUCUCUUUUUUUGGCUCCAGAAAAGCUCAACAAGACUGUUUGUGGAUGGAAGCGAGGCGGUCUGUGAUGCAGAGACCUUUUUUUCAAUAUUGCAAGUCUAAUAGUUUCUCCCCAAACCCUGCAUGCAGGACAUGUAUGGUAACUCAUCUCCCAGAAUCCUCCCACGUGUAUGGAAAAGCAUGGCCCAUGGUUCUCUUCCUCCUCUUAACGCUUCUCCUCCUCCUCUUCCUCUUCCUCUGCCAUCAAUAAGGCCUGGGUAUGCAACAACCUCAUCCCACCCAUCCUCUUCCAUAACCCCCCCCCCCCCCCCCGGAGAGGUGCAAGGACUGCGGACAAAAAUGCAAAAACAAAUGCGUAAAAAUGGAUGCGUCUUCAACUGCUAUUUUCAAUCAACUUUUCUAUUGUUUUAAAAAAGAAAAGAAAAACCGACAAAAAAGAGAUUAACUGAGCCAGAUUUUAGACUGUAUUUAUUUCCAACCUUGUACAUAAUGUGUAGAGAGAAAAAAACAAACUGUGUUAUUUUACCCUUUUGUUUCUCUUUUUAAAGCUUUCGUUGCUUGGAUUCUUCGAAAUGUCUUAAUACAAAAUGUUUGUAUGUUACAGCAUGCAAAUCGUCUAUGGUAUCCUCCUCCUUACUGAAUUACAUGUGUAAUGUCAAAGGCGAGCCUAUUACUGCACUAAGAAGAGAUCAAACAUGGACAAACGUUUUGUUUUCUACUGAUAUAGGACCUUUGAUCUGUUACUCUCUAAAAAAAACCCUGGAUGUAAAUUCGAUGAGGCGAAAGCUUCGUUUUAUUAGAUGGACAAGGACUGCAUUCGCUGCUAAAACUCUAUGCACCAACCUGAUGAUUAAAAAAAAGACUUAGUUUAAUGGUUCUUUUUUUGUUUUUUACUUUGGAUAUUUGUAGAUUUUUCUAGGGCCUGCGGGUUUAUUCUGCAGCCCGGUGUCUUAAUGAGAUCUGAUAGGAGGAUGCUUGAUUGUUUGGAAAAGAGGAGACUUUGCCUGGUGGUAUAGAGCUUACUGUUUUCUUGAAGUAACUCGAUGCAUUAUUCUGUCAACAAGAAAUCCCUGGUUCGUGUGUUUUUCCGCUGCCUAGAUAUACUGUGUGUGCAAUAUUGUGCAGAAGAAGAUCUACCUGUUGGAUGGCGAAAGCUUGCAGGAAUAGAGAGGCUGGGAUUAUUACAUUUAGAUCCAAAUUACACAGAAAAAAACAGCUUGAAAAUUCAAAAUAAUUGUGAGAUUUAUAUUUUGUAUUGCUCUCCAAAUGUUCCAUCUUUAAUGUGAGAUAAAGGAGCAAAAAACGAUCAAAAUCCUAAAUAAAUUAUUAAAGAUAAUUAGGCAACUACAAUUUCCUUUCACUUUCUUUUUGUUUUCAUUUUAUUUGUUUCAUUGGUUUGAUAGGACUUUUUUUACAAAACCAAUUACAGCCUAUAAAACCCUAAUUUUAACGAAGACUGCGAGACAUAAAAAUGAGACACAAAAAGGAGAAGCAAACUUCUGCACAGUGCUGUUAAUGUAUAUCUGUACAUAUAAUUUCUAUAUUUAUUCAAUGAACGUGUCCUAAACGUGUCAACAAGUGAAAAACCUACAAAGUGGUGGAACGUUGUUGAGAAUCUUGUUUUCAUAAUGUUUAAUAAAAAGUUCUGUCCCAAAUCU